AUCAGAAAACGUUCUAGAUUUUUCUGCAGUGGCAUUGUAAACAAACUUUUGAAGGAGACUGACGAAAUUUCGAUUAUAGACCAAAAAACUUGCACAUUUCAAAAGAUAAACACAUCUGAAUAGCUACAAUUAUGCCUAGACGUGGAAGAUCAGGCGGCAUGGGACGCCCAGCUCCAGCCCCAGCUCCUGCCCCAAGAUCUCGUGUACCAGCCCCCGCACCAGCAAGCCACCCACCUGCUCCUGCAGGAAUGCAGCCAAGACAACCAGGUCUGAUGGCACAGAUGGCAGCUACUGCUGGUGGUGUUGCUAUCGGAUCUGCUGUGGGUCACACAAUUGGUCAUGCAAUGACUGGGGGUGGUGGACAGCAAGCACCAGUAGAGCAGUACCAAGCCCCAGCAGGACAGCAACAACAACAACAAUACAACAACCCUUGCCAAUAUGAACUUGAUCAGUUUAUAAACUGUUCUAAGAAUCAGUCAGACCUGUCUAUGUGCUAUGGAUUUAAUGAGGCUCUAAAGGAAUGUAGAGUUAGAUUUGGCCAGUCAUGAAGUGAAGAAGAUACAACAAACAAUAGUGGGAUUUCUCUACAUGGAUAAUUUCAUCAGAGUAUGUGCAUAACGAAAAAAUCACAUUGAAUGAUUGAUGGUACUACAUUGAAAACAUUUCAAAUGAAGUUUUAGUGCCCGUUACACUAUUUAAAGACCUUGUGCUGUGCUUGCUUUGUUUUAAAGACAUACCUUGUACAUCUUCUUAAUUCAACCAACCAAUCAUAGUGGGAUGUUUACAGAUAUGGAAUACACAGGUGUUGGAAAUUAAUAAAUAUAUUGAGUAAUUACUGGUGAAAAUAAAUGAAAUAAAACAGAAUUUUAAUCAUCGAAA